UAAUUUUUGUACUGCUGACAACCAUGAAGCUCUCGUUGACUCUUCUCGUGAUCUUUGGUCUYGUUGCCUUCAUUGGAGCUGCUCCAGCUGAAGACUCCRAAAAUCCAGAAGAACCAAAAACUGAAGAUGAAGAUGAACAGGAGGAAGAAACUCCAGRACAAGCUAACGAGGAAGAUGCUGGCAAACUUGAAGAGGACGAUGAUCAAGGAUCACCCAAGGCGAAGCUAGAAGUUGAUGCUGACGAUGACGGCCUUGAAGAUCCAUUUAGACGAAGGCCCAGAAGGCACCGAUGCCCUCAUCCUUACAGACCCCAAACUAUGAAGUGCAUAAAACAGAGAUGGCGGCAUAGACCCGUGUGCACAAUCUGUUGUGUCUUGUGCAGGGACCGUCGGACUUUACAGAGACGACGGACUUGCCAUCUUCAGAAACAUCUCCGGACCACAAGCUGAACGCACCAGAAAAGACAUCACAAGACGCUUCAAGACACAUGGACUUAACAUCACCAUACAAACUAACUUGAAAAUUGUUAACUACCUGGACGUCACUUUCGACCUAACAAAAGGUACCUACUGCCCCUACAGAAAGCCGAACAACGAACCACUGUACAUCAACACAAAGUCUAACCACCCGCCUAACAUAUUAAAGCAACUUCCAGCAUCCAUCAACCGCCGCAUCUCCGACAACUCAUGCAACGAACACGAAUUUAACAAGGCCAAACCAAUCUACGAAACUGCUCUGAAAGCCAGCGGACACUCUGCAACACUAAUAUACAACAAAGACAAUCAACCAGCACGCCCCCGACGCAACAGACAAAGAAACAUUAUAUGGUACAACCCUCCUUUCAGUAAAAACGUUAAGACGAACAUUGGCAGAACAUUCCUGAAACUCAUAUCUAAGCACUUCCCGAACCAGCAUAAAUACCACAGCCUCUUCAACAAAAA